AUGGCUGCGGCGCGGCACGGGGGUUACAGGAGCCACGACGUGUCCAGGAGGCGGGAGCUCGACCUAGAGCGUUCCAGGAGGAGCAAGGAGUACCGCCGCCCGAGCCGCGACCGCGACUCGGAACGCCGCCGUGAUGGCAGCAGGGGCAGUGAGGUGUCCAACGGGUACAGCCGCCACCGCUUGCCGUAUCCGCCACCGAGGAGCCGGCCUUCAAGGAGGAAGGACGAUAAGGAGCCUGGUGAGGUCUCAAGCGAUAGCGGCUCGGAGUCUGGUGGGCGCCCACCAGUGCCGAGGCAGGAUGGGGUUCUGGGGGUCCGCAGGGAUGGAGGUGCGUUGCCACCAACCAAGAAGAGGAAGCACUCACCUGGAUUCCACGAUUCGAAUGUUUCAAAGCUGAAGGCAAGAGAUGAGGUGUGGAGCAGGAGAGGGCCUGAUGCCUUAGCUGCGGAGCUCCCUCUUCCUUCGCCGCCUCCUUUGUCAGACACGACCCCUGAGGCUGUGGCUGUGGCUGAUGGGUGCGUACCAAUGAAUUUGGAAGUUUUGGUGGUUCCAAAUGAUGCUGAAAGGAGGGAUGGGAUUACAGAGGAGGAAAAGGAUUGUGCAACGAGAAACAUUUUUACUUCCAGAUGGGCGGAUGCUGAUGAAGAGGAGGAAGAGCUGAUUGUGCCCAAGAAGAAGAAAAGUGUGUCACCUGCUCAUUUGCCUGAACAAAAAUCCACAAAGAAAGUCAUGAGCCCAGAGCUGGGAGAAGCGAUGGGCAGUAAAACAUCAAGAAGAAGUUCCUCAAGCUCGUCUAACUCGAUGGGUAGUGAAAACUGUAAUAUUGAGGUAGACAGGGGUGACUGCAUGGAUGUUGAAAAAGAGGAUGACAUUGAUUCUUCUGCUGGUUGUUCGCUGGGUACUCGUUCCAGGAGUGAUGUGCGUAGGUCUGGAUCACCUGAGGCUGUACGACCACGUAGGUGCUUUAACAUGCUUCAGGGCUGUAGGAGUAUUGAUGAGUUUGAGAGGAUCAACACAAUCAAUGAGGGUACAUAUGGAGUUGUAUUUAGGGUGAGGGACAAGAAAACUGGUGAGAUAGUUGCAUUGAAGAAGGUCAAGGUGGAUAAGGAAAAAGGGCGGGAAGGUUUUCCAUUGACUUCUCUCAGGGAAAUUAAUAUCCUUCUAUCCUUUGACCACCCUUCAAUUGUGGAUGUCAAGGAAGUAGUUGUUGGUGGUCAUGACGAUGAUACUUUUAUGGUGAUGGAGUACAUGGAGCAUGACCUUAAGGGUGUCAUGGAGGCGAUGAAGCAACCAUAUACCCAAAGUGAGGUCAAAUGUUUGAUGCUUCAGCUGCUAGAGGGCGUGAAAUAUCUUCAUGACAAUUGGGUACUUCACAGGGAUCUCAAGACAUCGAAUCUCCUCUUGAAUAACCGUGGUGAGUUGAAAAUAUGUGAUUUUGGACUCUCUCGUCAAUAUGGUAGCCUGCUAAAGCCUUACACCCAACCAGUUGUGACUUUGUGGUACAGGGCUCCGGAACUACUAUUAGGAGCAAAGGAGUAUUCUACUGCUAUCGAUAUGUGGUCAUUAGGUUGCAUAAUGGCAGAACUCUUGUCAAAAGAGCCACUCUUCUCUGGGAAGUCUGAGAUAGAUCAACUUGAUAAGAUAUUUAGGAUACUCAGCACACCCAAUGAGGAGCGAUGGCAUGGUUUUUCCAAAUUGCCCGGUGCCAAAGGCAACUUCAUAAAGCGACCGUACAAUAGAUUAAGGGACAAAUUUCCAGCUGUAUCCUUCACGGGAGGCUUGACCUUGUCAGAAGCUGGGUUUGACCUGCUAAAUAGGUUGCUGACAUAUGACCCUGAGAAGCGUAUAUCAGCUGAUGAUGCCUUGAACCAUGAUUGGUUCCGUGAAGUUCCUCUGCCCAAGAUGAAGGAAUUCAUGCCAAUGUUUCCUGCUCUGAAUGAACAGGACAGGAGGGUCAAGAAAUACAUGAAGAGCCCUGACCCCCUGGUGGAGCAACAGAUGAAAGAACAAGGGAGCAUAGGAGAUCGUGGCCUUUUUGGCUGA